AAAGGGCUACUGCAGGAGGCGGCAUCGUCAAUAUCCUGGUCAUUUACAUUGUCGGGGUAUUUUCAUAACUCAGCUUCGCACAUUUCCGCGUCUCUCACCACCGAAGCUGCAGCUGCGUCGCCGCAAACAGCGCCUCUGAAAACGGAGAUGGAUGGGGAACCUUUCAUGGAGGCUCUCCAGCCUUGGAUACUGAAUUAAAGUGGCUUGUAUUUUAUAACUUACAGCAGGAGCAAGUGGAGAAUAUUUAAGGUUUUUUUAUUUAUCAAAAGCAAACAAGAAACAUUGCUUCCUGUCAGGUGAAAAAGCGGUAUCUGGGUUAUCGGUAAAGGAUCUCAUAAAAUAUAUUUUUUUCUCUAUCUCAUUUAUUAGAAAAUAAAAAUCACGUGAGACGGGUGAGCGGAAGAUGUGCGUGAUUUUUGCAGAUGCGUCUCUGUGCUCAGUAAUACUGCAUUUCUUAAAUUGAUCGAAUGGUUUUCGAAAGAUAAUAUAUACAGAUGAGCCAGUUGCACUCAGCUGUUUUUUUGGAAAAUAUUCUUCCAAAAUGGCCUUUGGUUUCUCGCAUUUGUUUUGUUGAGAUUCAGAUGACUUAUUGCAUCCGUCCAGUAGUCGUCUCCAGAAGCUGCUGUGGAGCUGUACGUCUCCGCUUGAUCUCUGAAGCAGGAAGCCAAUCGAUACGGGGACGUUAAUAGCAUAAAAAAGGCCAAGAAAAAAACGAUGGCAACACUGCUACGGAAAAUAGGUGUCAGUCGGAUCUCCGAAAAAGACGCGGAUGAGGCUUUGCAUCACCAGGGCUCCUGUAAAGGCGGCAGGAGCAGCGUUAAUCCAAAGCUUAACAACCUGAAGCCGUGUAACACAAGCAACGAGAAGACCGUCUGCAACCCCCCAGAAGCGAGGAGCAAGACGGCAGAAGAAGAGGACCGUCAGUCCGUGAGAGGUAAGCAGGUUAAGGAGAAACAAGCCGUCAAGGCGGGCACUGCUCCAGGGCGAGCACAUGGACCGCAGCGACAGGAGUGCCAUCAGCUGAGGACCAAGCGCCUCAUGAAGGAACUCCAAGACAUCAAGAGACUGGGGGACAGCUUCAUAACAGUGGAGCUGGCCGAUGAUAACCUCUUUGAAUGGCACGUUAAGCUGCACCAGGUGGACAAAGACUCUGCUCUCUGGCAGGAUAUGAAAGAGACCCAGACGGAUUUUAUAUCCGUGAGUAUCUCUUUCCCCGACAAUUUCCCUUUCCAGCCGCCUUUCAUGAGGGUCCUCACCCCCAGGCUGGAGAACGGCUACAUACUUGAUGGGGGCGCUAUCUGCAUGGAGCUGCUGACGCCUCGGGGAUGGUCCAGCGCUUAUACCGUGGAGGCGGUCAUGAGGCAGUUUGCAGCCAGUCUAGUGAAAGGCCAGGGGCGAAUCUGCAGAAAAACUGGGAAGUCAAAGAAGGCCUUCAGCCGCAAAGAAGCUGAGGCGACUUUCAGAAGCCUGGUGAAAACCCACGAGAAAUACGGCUGGGUAUCACCGCCGGUGUCCGACGGCUAGGCUGCCGCGCGGCCUCUCGCCACUACCUGUGGACGGAAAGCCCGCUCUUUCCUCGUCUCGGUCACAGAUUUGUUUUUCUCUUGGGAUUCUGAUGUCUUGCUGCUAUGAAGCACAGUAUGUUUGUUAUACAUUAUCUAAUUUAACCACAGUUUAGUUUUUUUUUCCCUUUAAAAAGGGAUAAUCAGUGACGGUGAAUCAGUACCCUCAUUAUUUCUGUGUCUGUCUUCACAGCCCGGCCUUUUUUUAUACUCUGUGUGUCCACGAAUCGCUUUAAAUGCAUCUCUCCAUUCGUACUCUUCUCAUUUGAAUCUUACUCAUAUUUAGUAGGUGAUCAGUAUGUCACAGCUCAUUGUUUGUUCAGUUCUGGUUUAUUUUGAAUGGAUCCUUUUAACUUUGAGAAAUUUAUGUGCAGCUCUUUCUUACUCAUGACCAAAUUCCCACCAGACUGUUGUAACAUAAUUAUUAUUAAAUUAAGCUAUUUCAUCUCAUGCUAAACUAUAGUUAAGAUUAAACCCCUUGAAGAACUUGUACAGAUUGUGCAUCAUUGUUUCAUUACCUUGGGAUUGUACUGUAUUAUUGAGAUGAUUGAUUAUUGCACAGUGUAAAAAGAGACUUUAUGUAUGCUUACAGAACAUAUUGUAGAGUAUUUUCAUAUGGUUAAAAAUCUAUUGAGGUGGAAAAUGUCUACCGUUUGUUCCGGUAUUGGAUUAUUAUGCAAAAAUGGAUUUUUCUUGACGGGGUGAAUAGUUGUAACCUUGAACAUAAUAAUAGGACUUAUGUCAUUUUAAACAUUUUCACUAGUCAAAUCAGUUUGAAGCAUAUUGAAGUCCAGUUUGAGGCACUGAACUGCAGUGUACACUGGUUUUGCUCAUGUUACGGACAUUGUAAAUCACAUACUGUAAGAGAAGUCCUCAGUUUGAACAGAUAUUAUUCACAUAGGAUAUUUUAUACUUGUGUGACUUGGUGAUACACAUCAGUAAUAAAGCAGACGUGUUUAUUUGUUGUAGGUGGUCAAACUAUAAUAUUAGUAGGUGGUUUGUGGGAAAUUCUCAAAAGUAAAUUCUGUUCUCUUUCUGCAUUUCUACAUGUCUUGCUUUUGCCCAUCUGUAAGAAGUGAUCUUAUUAUACCUGCUGGCAGAUUGUAGUUGUGGAACAAACUGAUUUCUUAAUAUCUGUCACUUGGUGUCAUUGUGCCAUUGUCUCACUGUCACCAGCAAGCAUAGAAAUUUAAAUGUAGAGCAAAAAAACGUGUGGAAAAACUGUCUUGAAGAGCCUUAGCUGCUGUGCUCGUUCAACUCGUGGCCGUCAGCAGUGCUACAGCCAACUGGUCGCUGUAUUUUUAGCUCCGGAUUUUAUGUCACAUUUGCAAGGCUUUUAAACUGGUAAUAAAGCUUAUGCAACCAUUUGCAGCUCA